CGACUCGCUGUCAGUUCAUGAGAAGAGUUCAAAUGGAAUUGUCUAAACCACGGUCGAUUUGUUCGGGUUCGAUUGAUUCUGUUCUGGUGGCAAAAAGGCAAACAUUGUGUGUGGCUGGUUCUCGAUUGAUCAGAGCAUAGCUGUCGUGUAAUUUUCCAAUCUCUGGAUGAAAGAUGCUGCACAGCAUCAGUGUUGACGGAUGUAUUCAUAUACUGGGAAAAUUAUCUCAAUAGUGUGAAAGUGUCGCCGUGACCAGUUACGAGAUUAUGAAAACAAUGGCAGAGAAAUGUUUACUUUAGUUUUGUUAUCAUUUUCAUUUCUUUGCUGAGGUUUGAAAGUGCAAAUACAACAACAGUGAGUGCUCGAGUAGAAAGGAAAUUUUCUUUGUUACGUCGCUAUUGGAUUGUCGCUCGCGUUGUGUUUAUUUUUUCAUCGCUUCCGGUUGUUCUUAGAUGUUAUUAUUGAUCGUACGGCUGUCGAAGUGGCCCGAAGUGUGCCUAUCGUGUUUUUAUUGCGAUGAAAUUUUCAGUUCAGAACUUGAAUCUUUCCGGAAACAGCCCGUGUUGAAUGGAGACGACGUUUCCGUUCGAGCCAUGCUUCGAGGAAAAUCAAUAGUAUAACGCUUGACGACGACGACGACGGUGCAAUAAUAUGCCCCGUAGGUUUGUGAAACCCUACAACAACCACGACGACGACGACGCCGCCGAAACGACAAACGCGACGGUUUGAGCUGGGGGCAGUUUGUGUAUGUGUGCAACAGUCAGUGGUGUGCAACAACAUUGAUCGCAGAAAUCAUAAUACGUCACGAUUUGUUGGAGCCUGCGAGCCAUGUGGAUGUGAUCUGUUUUGUCGUGAUGCCCAGUUGGUCGAUAAUCGUGGUUGAGAAGUUAUGAAAGUGAAGCCAGCAGAGGCUGAAGACGACGUGUUGUAGGCAAGGUUGCGGCUGCUCUAAUUUGUGCGGUUGGUACCUGUAGUGUUGAGUGAAAAAAAAACGGUGCUAUUGGGGAGGAAUAAAAUAGAGGUCUGUUGAGAGAAAGUGUUCUGUGAAAAAUAUAUAAUCAAAACGUACCAAACAUUGUGAGGAGAAGUGAAGGAAUCACGAUCGAAGACUGAAGAUAUCGCACACGGAAUUGACAAACGCGAACUUUAUCGGAAGGGGCUAAAUUGAUUCGAAAUACAUGGAAUCAUCGAUGAAACAUCAACUAGAAGCUCCAACACGAAUUCAAGGUUUCUGACGUCAGAGACGAGUUCGAUCGGGGUAGCUUAAUAUACCCGGAGAAUGCUGGAGGUGGCGCCGCAACGCUUGAAAAUAACUCUACUGAGCGAAUCUGGCUUGCCACCGCAUCAAACCCACAGCCUCCCGUGAAGGAAGAAAGCUAAGUGCCCCUUAACGACGCUCGUUUUCGUGCGAACUUUACACACAUCCAGCUGAAUGAAGAUGACGACCUCGAGUUCAGCGAACGACGGCGGAACGUCGAACAGCAAUGCACACCGGAAAGGACACAGGCGGAAUGAGUCCAUGUACGCGAUGACCGGUCUGUACGCGGAAGCUCAGACGGACGACAGCAGUGCGGAUAUCCCCCAGGACACGGAAUCGGAAUCACUGCCGGCUUCGGUGAACACUGCCACCACAGACACCGUGAUCAAGUGCCACAGCCGACAGCCCUCGAACACUGUCAUGAUGAUGGAACGCGAGAAGCCCCUGCCGAACGUGCUGCUAGUGAACGAGGACUACUCGCGGGAUUGCGGCAUCCUGAGCUGCAGGCCUUCGACGUUCCAACAGUUCGCUAGGAUUAAGGUCUUCGUACUGCUGCUGUCCAUCCUGGUGACACUGCAGCAGGCACUCAGUUCCGGAUAUAUCAAUUCGGUCAUCACGACCAUCGAGAAGCGGUUCGAGAUCCCUUCGAGCCUAUCCGGGCUGGUGGCUUCGAGUUACGAGAUCGGGAAUGUUAUCACCGUCAUCUUUGUUAGCUACCUGGGCAGCCGGAGACACAUCCCAGUGUGGAUUGGAAUUGGUGCUGUGAUAAUGGGCAUUGGUUCACUAAUCUUCAUGAUUCCCCACUUUACGGGAGAGCCAAAUCCCGGGAUUUUAAUCAACAAUAAGACUACCGACAAUAUCUGCCGGUUGGUAUCGGUGCGAGAACAGGAUAUGGGGCUAGGGCGGUUCUCAAAUAGCCUUUCCAAUCCGCCUCUAACGACACAUAAUUUGAGAGGUGACAACUGCUUGAAGAGCAAAGCCUCCACUUUUGGGCCGGUGAUAUUAUUCAUCAUAGCCCAAAUCCUACUCGGAGGUGGCGGAAGUCCUCUUUUCACACUGGGUACCACGUAUGUCGACGAUCAUGUGCGGAAGGAGAGUUCAUCAAUGUAUAUAGGUGCAAUGUAUAGUAUGGCCGCUUUUGGGCCUGUUUUAGGUUUCCUGCUUGGAGCAUAUCUGCUAUCGUUUCAUAUGGAUUCGUUCUCCGGUAGCGACAUCAAUAUAGAUCAAGACGACCGUCGUUGGGUCGGCAUGUGGUGGGGCGGAUUUCUUGUAUGUGGAAUCCUGUUGAUCCUCGUAGCUGUACCGUUCUUCUCAUUUCCCAAAGUACUUACGAGAGAGAAGAAGAAAAUCCGAAUAGCUGAACAAAAACUGCCCCAACUGCAGCAACUGUCCUCGCACAACUCCAGCAGUUUGCAAAGACAACAGCAGACAUCCCAGUCACAGCUGCAGCAGUCGAAUCAGCAGCAAUCCGGUGGUGGAACUGGUCAAGCUGGAGCAGGGAAAACAAAUGAUGAUUCCGGAUAUGGGAAGGACAUCAAAGACAUACCAUUGUCAAUGUGGCGUCUGGUUUCUAACCCUGUAUACAUCGUCACAUGCUUGGGCGCUUGCAUGGAACUCAUGAUCGUGUCCGGCUUCGUGGUGUUCCUGCCUAAGUAUCUCGAAACGCAAUUCAGCUUGGGUAAGAGCCAAGCUAGUGUGUUUACGGGAUCCAUCGCAGUCCCCGGAGCAUGUAUUGGAAUCUUCAUAGGCGGUUGCAUUCUGAAGCGGUUUCAACUGAAACCUAAGGGAGCAGUUCAGUUUGUUCUGGUUUCGAACCUUGUCUGUUUGUCCUGCUAUGGCUUGCUGUUUUUCCUGGGAUGUGAAAAUUUGAAGAUGGCAGGCACAACUAUUCCAUACUACAACAGCUCACCGGCUCAUGCCCCCGAGCCGUUCCAGGUAAAUCUCACUGCGGCAUGCAACUUUGGAUGUGAAUGUCACAUGUACGAUGUUGAACCGGUCUGUGGAAACAACGGGCUUACGUACUUCAGUCCUUGUCACGCCGGAUGUACAGCGUUCUCUUCCAGUUCGAACUAUACCAAUUGUGCUUGCGUUCAAGCUAAUGUCACUAAAGUAUACACGGGGGCCGAGGGAGCACAGGCGCAAGCACUGAAUGCCCAUGAAAACUUUGCAGAAGUGACCGUCGUUCCUGUGGCCACUGCCGGGGUCUGCAACAAACCCUGCCGAACGAUCUAUCCUUUCCUGAUACUGUUGUUCUUCAUGACGUUCGUCGUCGCUUCGACACAGAUGCCGCUGUUGAUGAUAGUUUUAAGGUCCGUCUCCGAAGAGGAGCGCUCGUUUGCGCUUGGCAUGCAGUUUGUGAUAUUCAGAUUAUUCGGGUACAUUCCUGCGCCGAUUGUUUUCGGCAAUUUGAUCGACUCGUCGUGUCUGCUGUGGAAGUCCACCUGCGGCGAGAAAGGUGGUCGCUGUCUCAUUUACGACAUCGAGAAAUUUCGCUACAAGUAUGUUGGACUCUGCGCGAGUAUAAAAAUCAUUGCACUGGUAAUUUUCAUCAUCGAUUGGUGGUUGGUCCGACGGAGGAAGAUGCUGGACAAACUGAACCCACUGUCAGCUAACGAACUUGUUGGGUCAAUCAUCAGUUUGGAUAAAUUGUUUGAAGAAAAAGCUAAUUUGGACAGUCAGGCGAUUCCGUUCAACGGUGAAUGCAUUUCCGGUGAAUCGGUGGGCGAUAACAGCAGUAAGCGCAUACUGAUAGCUAGUCGACAUUUGAGGAAUGAUUCGAAAUCGAUUCAGUUAGAAUACAGGUACGACGACGCUCCAGCCCAGCACUAUCAUCGACCGCGCAAGCACAUCCGCAGCAAUUCCUGCGACAUAAAGAUUCAACGGUCUAAUUCGACCACCAAUCGGGAGACGGACUUCCACGAUUGGAAACUGAAACGUUUUAUGCGACACCACACGCGAAACAACUCCCGGGAUCUGGAUCAGGAGCACUGCUGUCGCCAGCAGCAGGCAACUUCACACCUAGGCCGAUGGAUUGCGCUGCACAAUAACGAGCAGCCGUCAUCGACCAACAUCAAGUACAUUCUGAACCACCUGAAGAACAACAAUGUGGAUGGCCAUGGCAAACUGAACUACAGCAACAGCUGUAGCGGAGGGAACGGUGGCCCGUGUGGCGGGCCGAAGAAGAAGCGACACACAAGAAACUAUUCGUACGGGCAGGAGUUUUCCUUCCUACCGAACAAUGUCAUCAUCCGGUUGGACAAUGACAUAGCAAAUAAGUUCCUGGCGAAUAAUGGAGGCGGGACCAGUUCGAGGAAGAGUUCCGUCUCGCAUGAUGUGAAUCUGUUGAAAAAUGUGAGCAAGUUGAAUAACUGUGCGGUGGGAGCGGUCGGAGGUAAUAAGAACAUGAAUGAUCUGAAUGAGGAACUAGAAUCCAAAUACGCGAAGGGGUCGUCUCCCAGCUAUGGACAUUCUAGAAACAACUCCAAAGAUUUGAACUUACUGAAUGCACAGGUUCCUGGAGAGGGUGCCACCAGUGGGAUUUUGGGGGGCAUCAAAGCGUUGAUUGAUGACUCCAACAGUAUCCUGAGGCACCGGAGGACAAACUCAAAGGAUUUAAAGUAUAGCAGCUACCAGCCGUGUGAACCGAUCGGUAGUUCCUCCAGCGUAAGUAGUAAUAUUAGGAAAUUAUCCACUGGCAACGAGACCCAGUUGCACCAUCCUCAUCAUCACCUGCAUCAUGGGCACCAGCCGAGUUACGCCGCCGUAGCAGAUGUGGGUCAGCCUGAAUCGCUCCACAUAUUGCUGGAUAGAUCCAAUCUUCUGGAGGAACCGUGCGCCAGCAGUAGUUCGACAUCGACGAAUGUUUAGCCGCCAACUGGGCGAGUUUCAUCGGUAACAACUAUUCUGUCUAACGCCGAAACGUUCCACAAUGCCAUACGACGUAAUAGUGGGGUUAGUAGAUUACUAUUUUUCCCUCGUGCUUUGACCAAUCGUUUCUUCCUGCUUUCGAGAGCCGCGAUUGUGUUGAGAGCAUCAUUCCUUUGUAGACAUUCAUUGAAUUUCUUCCCGCGGCAGAUUUUUCACAUUGAUCGAACGUAAAGAAAAGGUUUCACAUCAACAGGAAUCCCGUACUUGGAAGUUUGUUAAAUCAAAAUACAUAAAUAGUAGUAGGAUUACGUAGCUAGUGAUUGUAAAUACCCGAGACUGCAUUUUUUUAUGUUUAUAGCGGAAGCUCAUGUGUUUAGGGUCGAGAUAGGAAAGGAAGUGGCGUAGAACUGUUCAGGAAGUGGUUUCUGCAUUUUCUUAAUUUAUAUUUUUGGGAUCAGUUGUUUUAAAACGCAACUAUUACGUGGAAGACAAAAAGCAGACAGUCAAGACUCCACGGAACAAAUAAUCAAUACGAUCACAACCACGCAGAACCAUUUAACCGUUGGUGACGCAUUCGCAACAUUCGCUGUGCGGGGAAAUUGACUCAUAUAGAUCUAGUCCCUUUACUGAGGCCGAGUUGAAGGGUACUCCAUUGAUCUAUGUAGCAACUUCUCAAAGUAGUCUUAUCUUAUGGGGAUUCUUAGGAUUGAUGAAAAAACCCAAAAGAAGAUAUGAAAUGUGUUUGCUCUCAGCAAUGGUUAAGUCACAUGGUGUGGCAUGAUGACAGCAGCAUCUUGUGACGUACUCGUCCAGUUGCUCAUGAACUCGCAGUUUCAGGGUAGGUCAAGUCUCCAAAUAGCCAUAUGGGAACUGUCUGGAAAUUUUAUGUUGUCUGGCUUCCACUAUUGGCCGGCUCAAACCCGUUUACGCUUCUUCUAUCAAUCGACGCGCCAUUCGGUGUUCAUUUCAAGGUCCAUCGCUAAAUCAGCGAUUUUAAGGAAAUUUUGCAACAUAUUGUUCAAAAGUCUUCGUCAAUAGACUCAAAUAUUAGAUUGGGGAAAAAGAAAUCCAUUAUUUUCUCAGUAGAUGGCUGUAGUGAUCGUUAUCUCGUAUAGUAUCCACCAAACAAUUCAAUUUUUAUGCUCGUUUCAGACUAAAACAAACUUUCGGUGUUUUUUGUUUGUUCCAAUCAGUUGUUAUUUACAGGAUUUCAACAAUGAAAGUCAUCAAAAAAAAAACGAUUCAUUUUACAGUUUUUCUUUGGUAAAGACGAAAAUGCAAGACAGGUCGCUGAAAUUAUGAAUGGUGUUUAUGGUGCCGAUACUUUAACAGCGUGUAAUCACGUGCAAUUUUGGUUUCGUCGAUUACAUUCAGGUUUUUGAUGUUAAAGAUGCACCUCGCACAGGAAGAUCUGUCGUCGAAAAGGUCGAUAAAAUCAAAAAAAUAAUCUAAAUGUACCGACAUGUUAGUAAUCGUACUAUAUAUCGUCCAAAAGUGUUGCAACAUUUUAAUCUGUACUAGAGGGGUAAAAAAUCUUUCUAAUCUGUACUUUUUCUCCCGAAAAUCUGUACCAUGUACCAAAAAAAUGCUUAUUUAUUUACUACAAAUAGUACAUUUACAUUUGCAAGCCAUUCAUUUGUUUGACUGCAUACUAUAAUUAUUAAAAUUUUCGAGCUGCCGCCACGAUGUUUAAUCAAAUUAUUUGAUCUCAAAAUAGCGUUCGUCGUAUCGUUGCUGAGCAGAUUUCGAAGCUUAUUUUUGUUCUGAUUAUAUUCAGAAAAAAAUCAUUCGAUUGUUACCGAGAAGUGAGCAUAUUGAGAACGUUACAAAAAAGCAACGAAGUACCCAAGAAUGAGCGCGAACCGUCAUCUCUUUUUAGACAUCAAUUUCUGUCCUCCAAUCCUGCACAUGCUCGUCUUCUGAAACUGUGAUUUCCUUACGGAGUAAUUUUACCUUUUGGGUAUAGAAUUCAUUCUCUAGAUCCUGUAUAUUCCCAUCUCAGAACCCUGGAUCAUCAAAAUCAAAUCUUUUUUUCAUCUGCUUGAUCAGCUUUGCGAAAAAACAACGACGAUUAUCUCUAAAAAUGAUCUCUUCUGCUGCCAUUCCAACCUAAACAUAUUUGCCGCUUUUCAAAAGAUCUUCAAAUCAAUUAGUAUUGAAGAUAUAAAUCCUUCUGCUUUUCAUUUAGCAUCGUCAAUUCAUGGUUUUCACCCUGGAAAAAAAAACGAUUUCAUCUGUUGAUCCGAGGCAAAACAUACUCCAGAAAAAGCAACAGCAAAAACAAAAGUCAUUAAAUCUUUGAGGAUGGUCAAAAUUCUGAUUUUCGUCACAUUCAUAAUGGUGAAAAUGAUGAAAAACAAAACCACUCACCAUCUUGACCUAAAUGAUACGCUCGCGCGCGUGUUUCAUUCCCAAACUAAGGAUACAGUCAUCACUCACAAAUAAGAAACCAUGCACUUUUCCAUUUCUCCAGCAGAUAUAUUGAGAGCCAGUGUGCGCUAGUUGGGAGAAAUCUUGGUGCGAGUGAGUCACACUCUCUUACACUCUCUUUACGCUUUACUCUUGAUGAAAUAUGUGCGAAAACCUGUGUCCAGCACUGAAGCGCACUGAUCCGCACUCCGCCACUCAGAGGAGUACACUGAAGAGUAACCUGAAGAGUCCAAUCUCAUUCGACAUAAAACCCACACGCAUGUUUCACCUGGGUUCAUUUUUUUCAGCUAACCACAGCGCUAAACCACUUCUGUUCUUUUACCUGAGCGCAUCCUUCAGAGUGCACCCGCCAGAGCGUACAGGUAAAAGCUCAUCAUAGUGUACUCUCUAGCUCUCUAGCGCUCUCUUUCCACACUCUAGCGUGAGAGUGUUGAGUUAAAAAGAAAAUCUGCUCUUCCAUCUUCUUGCGCUCGCACAUAUCUAGAACUAUGGUGAUUAAAGAACAAAGAGGACCGUUCUCGUUGAGAUCAAGGCGUUGUACUAUAGGUGGACCGCAAUGUCAAAAUUACUCUUCGGCCAUUGCUCGUGAAAAAACAAAUUUGUUUACAAAACAAGUCGUACCUUUUGGUGACAAAUGCAUUCGUUGGAAAAAUAGCUGCUCGCGCUUUAUUGUCGAAUCAUAACAGUGCAGAAGGAUGUUUUAGUAUAUCUUUUCGCCUUUCUUUCCAAGCAAAAUGUACUUCCGUUUGGCUCCUAUCGGCGGGGAAAAGAGUACUAUCAGCUUACGGCGAUGGUGACAAAAAAUAACGCUGAUUGUGGCUCCACUGAUUUCGCUCAGGGAGGAGGAGAAUGCUGUGCAUAUACCGGGAGGAGAUCCGGAAAGGGCCGUUACAAGUAAUUGGCUAGAGCAAAAGGAGGUUGUGCACUAUAUUCCACGAAUAUAUAUUUGCUUAUUUUUUCCUUCAAUUAUUUUCCUUAGCGAGUUGACAAUGAAAUCAUAACCACACACCCAAACAAAAAGUAAAUAAUUCAGAAAGUUACGUCUCGCUACUCGUCUCACGUCAUGUCUUGAAAGUGUCAAGAACGAAACACCUAUAGUUCAGCAUCUUGGUUGAGAUGGCGGAGAAGGUUCUCUACAUUUUAUGUUCAUUUGUUUUAUACAUUUUAUGUUCGACAAAUGAUAUCCCGCAUUUCGUUUUUCGUGGGAGAAAUAGUUUGCUUUCUGUUUCUCCAUUUCUAUGGUCUAGACUCUAGAGUCUUGACUGAGCGCAGAGCAUCGAAACAGGCAUCGCUGGCUGCUUGAACCAGCUACCUCAUGAAGGUCCCAAAGGCGACAAGAGUUGUUGAAUUGAGCAGCUUAUACUUAGCCUUGUCCAACUUCAGUUGCGCUUAGAGACGUCGGUUAAUCGUUCGAUUAAUUCAAAUAAUCGAAUAAUUAUAAUCGAAUAAUUUUGUAUCGAAUAAUUUGAAAUCAAAAUAUGAAUAAAUCGAAUAAUUGUCACUGUAAUCGCGAUUAAUGAAAGAAGGAAUCUUUCUCAAGGUUAAUGCAUUUUCAGGCUAAGGAUUAGGCUAUUUAAUCCAACCAUCUAACAUCGACAACCCGAUAGACCACGCGACCAGAAUGACAUCGUGAUACGUGAUUUUUUCAAGAAAUAAAUAUUCGUUCGAUUAAUCGAAUAUUGAAAGACAAUUAUUCGAAUGAAUCGAAUAUUGAAAAAUACCCCAACGAUUAAUAGAUAAUCAAAUAAAUGAAAAAUUUAGACAUCACUAGUUGCGCUAGCAAAUUCGCUAUGAGUAGCUCGCAUGUAUCAUUGCAUAUUAUUUUAGUGGGUACAUUUUAGAAUCUGAAACCAUCAACUCCUGACGUAUUUCCAUCAAUUUUGCACCCGUAAUAUUUCUUCCCGCAAAGUUUUCGGUAGAGCUAACUGCUCAUCGCGUAGCUUUGACUCCUCCUCCUCCUCAUGACGUCUGUUGGUUUUCCUCAAACUCAGACAUUCCAGUGCCCUUCCGAGCCGCGACCGAAGUGGAAUCUCUACAGUCUUCUUCAUUGUCCUGGACGAAGUUUUACUGACCAUUUACGAAGUUUAUUAGAUCCAUUAUCAGAUCUGCUCAAUGACAUUUGGCCUGGCAUUGCUGGCAAAUCCAGUGGCUUUCACAUGCUCGAAUACUCCCCGAUGCGUCUUAAAUUGUGCCAGAGGUUAAAAUUAUUACACGUCACAUAUCUGCCGUUUCGGGUCGAUUCAAGACCACGGGGUCACAAUCAAGACCAAAGGCUCCAUUCUUACUCAUCCUGACGAUACCAAAAUUCAGGUUUUGCUAGGAAUACCAAGUUCGAUUAGUACAAUUUCUAUGUUAUGUUUCAUUUGAAUUACAACUUUAUCUUCAUAGAAAUCGGAACUCACAAUCUUUGUUAUCUCUUUUAGAAAGCUCAUUUUUUUGUUAUUUAUCAUCUUCGAUUUCGCCAGUUAUCGCGCAGUCACUAUUGAUAUUUUCAGAGUCAUCAUUCACUGCAAAUGUUAAAGUAGUGUUAAAAGACGAUUCCUUUUUAAAACAGUUCGUGAAACGUUUUUCUCAUGUUACAUUAGCAUAUUUUAAAACUAAGCGAGAAUGCACAACUCAAUUUUUGAACAAAUUUCGAACAAUUUUUGAUAAAUGAAUGAUUUUCUAUUGUCUCCUAUUUCUAUUUAAUACGUUUCAAUCACCGUACCUAGAUGUUUGGGAGUCUUUUGCUAUGACUGUGAAAAAAAACUAGGUAACUUUAUCGUAUAACUGUUUAGAAAAUACAUGAUAUUGGGUUUUGACACUGAGAAAAAAAAAAUCGAUUGAUCAAUUUUAGAACUGAUUGUUUUUUCCAAAAAAAACAUGUCUUCGUAUCUGACCUCCCUGUUCAUAUCGAUAAAAAAUGACUGUUCGGGCAAGUCGGAUCUCCUUUCUUCACUUGGAGCUUCUUGGACGUUUUUUAAAAAUAACAAUUUAACUUUAAUAGGAAUAGACUGUAUUUCUCGAAGGUUGGAUUUGAACUGGCGCUUUAUGUGGCUAUAAUAAAUUGAUGGUGUUUUGGAAAAUUGUAACGAUAUGGAAUAGUGACAUCAGGUUCAGCUGAUGCGUUCUUUUCUAGAACUGAGACUAUUAUCAAGAUUUUGACCAAAUACCAGACGUAUGACACGAUUGGAUUCAACGCGGGUUUUGUCAGCGGAGUUCUGGAGGAAUAUCAGUUAUUCAAUUUCAAUUACAGUUUUCAAUCAUUUUAUAAUAUUAAAUAAUUCCAUGGCGGCUCAAGAUGAACGCCCUGGAAAAAUCCUUCUUUCUGAACCUUCAAGUUUUUUUGUGGCCUUUAUUCUGAGAAUCAAAAUGAAAUGCCUUUGAUGUUUUAAUAGGAAUGUGAUAUGUUCAUUCCAUUUUAAAGAAAUAACAACACUUAUAUAGAAUAAGCAAAUAAAUUGGAAAAAGACAUUCGAUUUUUUGAAGAUCGAUUCUUUGGUACCGAUUAAAUCAGUGAAUCGAUCCCUGCGUCGUUUAGAAAAUCGAUCCAUCAAGAUCGAUCUUUUUCUAAAGAUUGCCCAAUCCUAAUCUGGAUAUAAUUCUGAAAAAGGCAGUUUGCGAAAUUCGGCAGAAGACGUGAGCAUGACAUGUCUAGGGAGUCAAAAUGACCGGUUGUAUCAUUUGUUCACAAAAUUUUGUCUAAAAUUUUAUUUAAUAAUAUAAUGUUAUGACUUUUUCUUUAUAUAUUUUCUUUCCUUUGAAAUCUUUAUGUUUAGACAACAAAAUAUCACACUAGUCAUAAUGACCACUUUGGUAGACAUAGAUAUAUUAUAACUGUCGAUAGUUCCAGUGUUAAUCGUAGACAAGAAAGAAAUCAGCUUGUCGUACCUUUUUUAUUUGUCUUCUGCGAGUCAUUUCUUUUGUCGUUAUAACCUGUAACGAAUGAAAAUUUAUUCCUAAUCAUGUAAAAAAUGGAUGAAUUUUGACCUAUUUGACAAUCGGCCUGAUUCUACGCGGCGUGUGAGGUGAGAUGACAAUUGUCACAUCACCAUCACGCACUCUAUGCCUACUGUCGCUCACUCACUCUAUGCCUACUGUCGUAUCGGGUGCCGUGAGAAGUUCAUUUUAUGUAUGUGAGAGGAUGAACUGCAUGUGACAAGGUGUUCAUUCUGCUGGUUGCCAAAUCAGAUCAGAGGUGCCACAUUCGCACAUAUGUCUAAGACAUUUAACUUUCGUCACUACCUUUUAUUCCUGCUGCAGGUUCUUUAAAACAGUGACAAAACAUUUUUGGGUCGUAAUGAUAAACGAAGCUGGCCAGUUUUGCAGAUAUUUACAGAUAUUUCAGAUUUUUAUCGCAUAUAUUUGAGAAAAAACAUAUGACAUCCCAGAAUUUUAUUUAUUGCGCUCAGAGAGGUUAAAUGCAAGGCGCUAGAAGUAUAUCCUAAGGUGAGGCCGUUUCGUCACUAAUUUGGUUAGGGGAGCGGUAUAUGAAAACAGUACGGAAGAAAGCAGAAGGGAAUUUAUUUGCUUGAAGUGUGAAAGAGACAGACUGAUCACGAGCGAGCUUGGGCACAAGCGUAUUGUGUUUUGUUUACAAACGAAACACAGUAGACUUCCAAGGUGGCUGAAGGGUGGUUUUAGCAAGUUGGCCCACCUUAGGAUAUAAAAUGUAGCCUUAGGAUAAAUGGAAAUGUAAAUUGGUGGUGAUGACUUGUGGCUAGAUAGAUUAAACACAAGAUCCAUGCAAUAGUUGUAUUUAAGAGAAAAUAAAUUGGCUUCAUGUAAUUGAAAUAUUUCCGGAGUGCUUAUUCGUCAGUUCAAGGGAUAACAGAUUCACUACCGCUUUCAUAAUAAAUUCAAACUACUUGCAAUUCGCAACUCGCACUGUGAAAAUUGAAGAUAAAUUGAUUAUUAAGACCAAAACGACGCUUACCAUUUCUCAUCCAUUUUUCAUUUGUUUUUAUGCGCUGUCGACACCUCAAGACAUAUCGACACUUGUCACCUAGAAAUCCCAGUUCACGUGACAAUCGUCACGUAGAUUUGAGAGCGGGAAUACGGUGAGAGUUCAUUCAAGUGAGAAUUCUCACGGCAUACGCCUGGUGGAAUCGCGUGACAUGCGUGACAAUUGUCAUCUCACCUCACACGCCGCGUGGAAUCAGACCGAAUAUUUACAAAGUUAUGGCAGGGAUUUUUGGUUUUUUUACAUUUAUACACAUGUUUCUAUAAUGAAAUUGAACAAAAUUAAAUUCAUUACCCAAUAUUUUAUAACUCAUACAGUGCUUGUUUUGAUAUCGUAUAAUACAUUCUAUUAAAACUAUUCGCGUUUAAAAUGAUUCAAAAUGAAAGCUUGUCUUUCACACCUAGCAUCCCUGCUCUAUAUAAUAUGAGAUUGUAACUAGUGCAGUGCUGCCAAUUGGCACCACAACUUAUGUUCAAUUAUCUGGCGCUGCAAGGCCUAAUUAUUGAACGAUUAUUUAAGUCUGAACGACCUCCAACAAUACUCAAAUUGUACAAGCCGUGCACAUGAAAACAACUCACAGUGAUGAGAUUGAUUUCGAUUGUCUAAACCUUCUGUUCUAAGGUACUGUAAGUGUCAAGUUCACUACCAAGAAAACUACUCCGUCAGUAAGCCAGCUUCCUUCCCAUCUCAGCCUAAAUAUAGCAUAGUACAUAAGUAACACUUUAGUGAAAAAAAAACAAAACCCUUAGAAAACAAAAGAAAACGCAAUAAACCCGUGCCACUGCGUGUAAAUCGAACCCAAACAGUGACGAUGUAGACUACGCAUGAUCGAACACAAGCGACGCAACGGUGUAAGAAACGUAAAUAUAACCUUCCAAAAUAAUUCCUAACAACGCAAUGGCAAACAUGAUAUAGUGCAACAAGUAGUUUUUUUUAUAAUGAAGAAUAAGAUAACGGUUAAAAUUAUCGCUAACGCCACGUAAGAGUAAACCAAAAAUGAAACCGCACGAAGGCGCUAGCGGGGAUUAAAUGAGGUUUUCGAGGAAUGCCUAAUUUAUUGUACACUGGAACCAUGCAGAAAUAAUUAUCUAGUAGAAAAAUCUGAGAACAAGGAAGGGUAUGAACAGAGAGACAGAGAGAGAGAGCAAGAAAAAAAAAAAGAAAUAAAUAUUUUUAUACAAGCCUAUUGAAACGGAAAGCGAAACAAUGCAAACAAGAUGAAGAAAAUGUGACUAAUUGUUAUAUAUAGUUAAAACUAAAAUUCCAAAUUAUUCGCCGACGCUUGGAAGAAAGCCACGGAUAGAAUAAUAAUAUUUUAGAAACUGUCGAAACAAAAAGAUUAAAACACAAUGAAUACACUCAAACAUACACACAGCAACAUGAGGUGUAAGCCCCACGGCAAAUGUAAAGUGCGAUGAUGUUUUGCGACUCAUGCAGCAAAAAAGGUGUCAAUUUUGGUGAGUGAGAAAGGAAUGAGCAGGAUUAAGCGGAAAUGAAAACUGAGCGUUAACUAGGAGCUGUGAGAUUUCUAAACAGAAACGAUGAUUGUUGGCCGAAGCGAGAGGCGGAGCGCGAAAGAUGACUUUAAAGAAGUGUUUGACGUUGUUGAUUUAUUUAGAACAAUUAACCCGAUAGUAGGGAUGAGCAACGAAGUCCUGGCUGUCCUGUCAGCCUUUACCUUCGCCAUCCGCAGUAGUGGGCAGCAUGUAGAGGGCAUAGGUUAGUGAGCGUUUUCCCCGGGUGGAAAUGCGGAGGCCGUUUUUAGAUAGUGAAAGACGCUUCUUUUCGCGGUUCAGUUUGAAGACACGUGGUUUGAAAAAAAAAACGAAUCGCAACUUGAAGUCAGUUCUGUGUGAUUCCUUUGCUCGAAUUGAUUGUCUAAAUUAGGAAAUAAGUCGUUGGAAAUAUUCUCGGUCGCACUUUACUUCUAACUGUGUAAUACAUUACUAGUGGUUCUAUGAUGCGUAGUGAAAGCUAUAAGAAAACUAAGCUUCAUUUUUUACCUGUUGAACAACAAUUAAAUCAAUCCUAGUGAACAGCUUGAUUCGUUUUAAAACAGAAUUGUAGUUGUUGCUGCACUUUCACAACAAGUUUAAAUUAUUCUGAUCGAUUAGGUAUCAACUGAUUUGGCCACACUGUACUUUAAGGAAUUACGGAGAGCAGAACCAGCGGUGAACGGUUUUUCCAAGCGCUCAUACGCGUGGGAAAAAAUGUGAGAAAAGAAAUAGAAAUGCAAACAUAUCGUGCGAUACAAUAGCGAACAAAAUUAUAGUCACAAUUAACAAAAUUAACUUAUUUUAUCAGUAAACAAACGAAACAGUACAACAUAAAAUUCCGGAUAAGCAAUGUUCCAUGAGAAAAUUGUUAUUUUAACACACGCAAACAAAAAGGUGCACUUGAACUUUCCUCCCCCAACUCAACUCGCUGUAGCUCAGAAUCUGUAAACAAACAUGUUCUUUUGCAGCCACACACACACAUAUACAGACAAAUAGUCACAUCUACAUCUACACACUUGAACAAUCUCUGUCAAUUAAAACAUGAGCUGAACUGAUGCUACGCAUUAUCUUCAUACACAAACACACACACACGAUAGGAAUGGAAAGGAAUAUGGUUGCGAGUUGCUACAAUUAUUAGGAGCGAAUUAUAAAUCAAUUUAUAUGGAA